CGUUUUCGGAGGAGAGAGCAAAGAACCAUUAGCAAGAAACCAAGUCGCAUGAUGACGGGUGUUGGUUCCCGUCGAUGUCACCGAGGAUCAUUCAACUUCCUUUCGGAAGCGCUACAGAUUCUCGUGCACCAAGCAGCUCCAAAGAUUCCUAGAACCUGCUCGCGAAAAGCGAUGAAACCCCAUCACCGUUUCGUCUGGCUACUGGCGGCGGCGGCGGCGGCGACGCUGGCCUACGAGACCACGCGGGCUCUAGGAUCCUCGUCGGAUGCGGGUUCGGAUUUGGAGCUGAGCUCUCUGGGGCGGGAGCUGCUGGCGGCGGCGAGGCAGCCGGAGUUCUUCGGUUGGUUGACGAGCGUCAGGAGGAGGAUCCACGAGUGCCCGGAAUUGGCUUUCCAAGAAGAAAGGACGAGUGGGCUCGUCCGGUCGGAGCUGGACGCGCUCGGGAUCGAGUACAAGUGGCCGGUGGCUGAGACCGGGGUCGUUGCAUCGAUCGGGUCGGGCGCCCAACCCUGGUUCGGUCUCCGGGCCGACAUGGACGCCCUCCCAAUUCAGGAAUUGGUCGAGUGGGAACAUAAGAGCAAGAACGAUGGUAAAAUGCAUGCUUGUGGUCAUGAUGCUCAUACAACCAUGCUUCUAGGAGCAGCCAGAUUACUCAGCAGCAAAACGGAUUCUUUGAAGGGCACGAUCAAGCUCGUCUUCCAACCUGGAGAAGAAGGCAGUGCCGGUGCGUACCAUAUGCUACGAGAAGGAGCACUUGAUCAGUUCCGUGCCAUCUUUGGCUUACAUGUCUCGCCACAUUUGGAAACCGGCAGCAUCGGUUCGAGACCUGGUCCAAUGCUAGCGGGGGCUGGUAGAUUCUUAGCCACAAUACAAGGAAAAGGGGGGCAUGCGGCGAGCCCACACGUGACUAUCGAUCCCAUUCUUGCUGCCUCAUCUGCAAUUACCGCACUCCAGCAUAUCAUUUCGCGCGAAACAGAUCCUCUUGAAGCCCGGGUGAUCUCGGUGGGCUUCAUUGAGGGUGGCCAAGCUUUGAACGUAAUACCGGAGUUGGUCCGGUUUGGAGGAACUUUUAGGAGUAUGACUUCAGAUGGCUUGUAUAGUUUGCAACACAGGAUCAAAGAGGUCAUAGAGUUGCAAGCAGCUGUGCAUCAGUGCAAUGCAACGGUCGACUUCAUGGAAGAAAAAAUGAGGCCUUACCCUGCUACUGUGAAUGAUGAGACGAUGUACAUUCAUGCAAAAGGCGUUGGUGAAGCCCUGCUGGGGGAAUCCCACGUGCACCUUCUGCCCAUGAGCAUGGGAGCAGAGGAUUUCAGCUUCUAUUCGGAGAAGAUGAAGACCGCAUUUUUCAUGAUCGGCACAAAAAAUGGAACCCUGGGAUCGGAUAAGGGAUUGCACUCCCCAUACUUUUUCCUCGACGAGGAAGUUCUGCCCAUCGGAGCCGCUCUCCAUGUGGCGGUCGCUAUAUCGUACUUGGACGGGCAUGCAAUUGAGAUAUGAUCCGGUAUCGUCUGGCAGUUCUUGUACAGUUCAUUUUUCAAGAAAGAAGGACCCGUUUUUUUGGUUUCAGGAAGCUUGGGGCCAUGUAAUUAUGGGGACUGUGUAGUUUUUGCUUUGAUGAACCUUGAUGUAUAUGGUAUGAAAGUAUUCUUCUGCGAAAAAUUGUUAGGCAAUAAAACGUCAGGAACAAGAUCUUGUAA